CCAGUACCGGCACCUGGUGACAUAUUACCACCUACACCACCACCUAGAACAUAUCACACUGCUCCUGCAUCACGAGAACGAAGAAAGUCAUUAAUUUUACCGUCACCCGAAGCCGUUGAGCCUGUUUUAACACCAAUUACAGCUAUUGCUUCACCGCCAUUAUCACCUAAAAAUUAUUCAACAUUACCAAGUGCUAAAAGUUCAAGGUCUCGUGGACAAAUCGUCUCGUCAUCUACGCCUACAACUACUGCCGUUCCAAACUCUUUUGAUCACUUUAGUGACAAAUCAACCUCAACCUCAUCUUUAUUAUAUCUUAAUGAUUCGUAUCCUUCAUAUAAACAACAAAUACUUAAUCCAACUUAUUCUAAUCGUUCUGCCUCUCGUUUCAUAUUAGAUAAGGAAGAUGAAGGUAAAUUUCGAAGUGGAAAUUUCAAAGGGAUUUGUCGACACCAUAUCAUAGAACAAAAUUGGUUUAAUGCCAAUUAUAAAUGA